AUGUCUUACGGCCUCAAUCUCUCCUGGGAGGCCCCGCCCGUCUCGCUGAUACAAUUCACAGCCUGUCAGCCCGUGUCCGCCUUCGUCUCGUACAUCUACACAGGCGUCGCCAGCAAUGCCUCGGCGAGUCCCUACGCGACGGUCCCGACCGAGACAGCCAUAGAGUUCAUGCAGGCCAUCGUGCCCGACAACUGGACCGUGCCAAACGAGGCCGAGGCGAUGCUGUGGUACAUGAGCCUGGCCGAGGGCGACUAUGACUACAACUUCACCCAGGCAAGUGACUUUGCCCUCGAGAGCUGCAACGCGACCAUCUGCCCAUAUCUGAACUGGGACGGCGAUGCAGACCUGAGCGGCAUCGGCAUGAUGAUCUCGUAUUACAUGGCGGCCGUCUUUGUCACUGUGUACUAUAUUGUCCUGGCGCCCGAGGUGUGCCACGCACUAGGAGGCCCCUCCCUCAGUCUCCCGUGGAGGAAGAAGUACAACAAGUUCGUGGCCGGCUUCGAGGAGUCCAUCCAGGGGUUCCUGGACGCCAUGCUCCUCUUCACCAUCUCGAUGCUGGUCGCCGCCAUCACCCGCUACGGCUCCGUCAUCAUGAACCCGGACAAGACCUACUCGCUCUUCAACCUGCUGGACUGCGUCUUCCUGUCCACCUUCUCCAUCUUCCCGGGCUUCGUGCUGCAGUCGCUGUCCCACGAGCUGCGCCGCCGCCGCAUCCGCCUCUUUCUCUGGUUCCUGGUCCUGGUCUUUGCCAUCACCGUCGACGUGCUGUACAACAUGGAGUUCCUCAGCAUCUUCACCGACAUCAACCACCUCGAGAAGUUCGCCAGCAAGGAGAUCGAGAAGGUCCAGGCCAUCUGGCUGAUCGACUGCCAGAGCCUGUCGCUGCUGAACGCCCUGCAGGUUGUCCUCAAGGUGGGCCACGUCUUUAUGAUCUUCAACUGCUCGUGGUGGGUGUACUACGUGGUUGCCAGCCUGGGCGGGCGCAAUUAUCGCCAUGUCUUUGAGCGGCGCGAGAAGUUCUGGAGGGUCUGGGAGCUGGUCCGGCUCUGGCUGCGGCUGGGCAACGGGCUGUUGUGUCUGGGCAUCAUGUGGACUUUCUUGGGUCUCUUCACCGUCUAUCGCCAUGAUGUGUCGGUCAAGUCGGGCGGUACGGAUGGGGACAACGAGUGGACUUUUGGUCAGGUUCUGGCCCUGGUCACCUGGAUCCCCGUUGGUAUCGACCUGAGUGUUGUCUAUAUUUACGGUGCCAAGGAGGGUCUCGCAGGGAAAAUGUCGAGGAAAUACAAGGUCAUCACCAGGAGCCAACAAGACCUGGUCAAAGACGGCGUCAAGUACGAGCAGUCUCCGACCGAAGACAAGGAUCGUAUCAACGAGCACUUGUUUGAAAAUAACAGGUGGCCUAAGCCUUUGGAAAAGUCAGAAUCAUGGCUGGACGCAUGA